UUCCGGUCUCAGUGAUUUGCUGGUGAUCGAUGUGCAAGGGAAGGAAAGCGCGUGGGUGUCCAUUAGCGGCCUCACAGAUAUAAUUAAUCACACCAAGGUUUCAACUGAAUGGUUAUUAUGUUCACAUUGUGAACGAGGUGAAUGAUGGAGAUUGCGGAAACGGCGCCGUUCCGGAUCGGCUCCACUGUACGGGCGCUGCGGUGUGCUCUGCGGAGGGAAAGCGGCCACGAAGCCGAGUCAGAGCACACCGACAGCGGGGAGAGGAGCACCAGCGAGCGGGACAAGCUCUGGUUUAAAGAGAGCAGCGCCAAAAACCUGAGAAACCGAGACUUCCUGGCGCCCAACACGGUCCUGGCUACGCUUUACUCAGACGCGCAGGUUCCUCCGGCCGUUCUAAGACGCAUCCUCUCUCUCCGUGGAAGCGGUGUGUUACCACUUGCAGGAUGUGACAUCACAGCGGAGGGGCUGCGUGUAACAGUGGACCGCUGCACAGCGUUCCGAGGUGUUCUGUGUGGGAUGAACGCAUACCUGAGACCUGCCACUCAAAGACAGGGGUGUGUUCUGAUCAACUGCCCCGCACUGCAUGCCAAACAAGCCCCACCCACUCCAGACACUCUGACACUGGGGCAGCUCCGCACCGUCCUCAUCGCUGACCACCUCGGAGCAGUGCUCCUGCGACAAGGUUACUCUGUGUCCUUCUGUCCUGCCCUGCCUGAGGAGAGUGACAUCAUCAGCUUCCUCCGAAUCCUGGGCAUCAAUUGGCCGGCUGCGUCUGUGAGCUGGACCAGUGAGGAGAGAGAGGAAAAGAUGAGGAACGCCCUGGAAAACUGUUCCUACAGAGAGACAGAUGGAGAGAGAGGGAAGAGGGCGAGUAAGGGAGAGGAUGGAGGGAUGACAGAGGAGGUCAGGAUAAACCUGAAGCGAGUGAUGGAGGAUGUAGAGCUGCAGGGUUAUGACCCCACUCUUGGCACCUGCACAGUGCAGCGCGAGGCAUUGUGUCAUCUGGCUCAGCUGGACAGAGCCGUAGAAGACUUUCCUGUGUCCACGGUUACAGUGCUACAUGUGACUUCCUGUCAGGAUGAGUUCCGCCAACAGCAGACAGCCAUGCUUUGGAGAGCUACCAGCGCCAUGGCAACGCAGAGGCUGGUAGUGUGUGGUCCAGUAAAGACUCCAGGCACUCAGAUGAGCGCAGCUCAAUACCUGCAAUUAAGAAGAGCUCAGAUGAAGGAAGCUUCAGAAAUGAAAUAUGGAGAGCAAGUGGAAGGACAGACCUGGGAUGACAUCAUCAGAGUGAUGACUUGUGCCACAGUGCGGUUUGAGCUGCUUUCCACAGCACACACGAGCCCAGUGACUCUCGAUGUACAGCGUGAAGUGGGCGUGUCUACAAAGGGUCCAAGGGGAGGAGUCUUUGUUAUGUAUAACUGUGCGAGACUACACACACUCUUCAGCAGCUAUGAAAAAGGCGUAGAGCAAGGCGUCUACCCCGAAAUCCCAGCAGGCACAGAGUUGGAUUUUUCCUCUCUAAAAGAAGAGGGGGAGUGGCUUCUUCUUUUCAAUUACCUCAUUCCAUUCUCGGAGCUCCUGGACCAAUCAGGACAGACGCUGGAGCAGGAGGGAGUGGGAGCCAGAGUUAAUUUAAGAACAGAGCAGGUCUGCAGAUUCCUGGUGUCCCUCAGUAAAGACUUUAGUUCAUAUUAUAACAGAGUCCAUGUACUUGGGGAGCCGUUACCUCAUCUUUUUAAUCAGAUGUUUUGCCGGUUGUUGUUGCUGAAGGCUUUGAGGGAACUUUACCACAGCGCCUUGGAUUCUCUAAAUCUGCCUCCGAUUCCACAGCUAUAGCUCUGAGUCAUGACCGCACCAGUACGUCUAAACGAACAAUCCACAUUACAUAGAAAUGUGCUUGAAAUGUUUAAAAGUAACAAGGAAUAUACCUGAAAAUUGCUACAAAUCACCCUAAAACACACCAAGAAGUAUUAAACAACUUGUCCUCAAUUACACAAAUAAAAUGCUGUAAUACAUGCGCUGGUUCCGAAAAAGUUCCCAAAUAUUUCUCUUAUCCUAAACUAUAAUCUUUACUUAAAUGCGACUAAAAAGUAAAAAGUUUCUAUCAGAAAUUCUCUGCAGAAACCACAUAACAACCACAACACAUGACCUUAUGCUGUAAUAAAUACUGCUCCAUAACUGUCUUUUGUUAUUGUUAUGUGUUUUCCUUUAUACCACAGCGCUGUUGUGCUCGUUUUACUAAUUCCUUGUUUCUAUAGUAACGGCUCAUUCACAGGGACUUUUGUAGUGGACGUUCCACAAACAGAUUCCUAAAGGUGUUGUAUAUCAAAGAAAAUUGUUGAUUCAUUGAUAUAGUGCAGUUUUCUGUAUAUAGGGCUUUAUUUAAUAUUGAUGGAAGGAGUCUCCAGUGUCAGUGCUUUGUAACAGUCAGUAAGUUUUCCCCCACAGGACAGUCUUCAGGACAGAGGACUUUGCGCUUUGUGGUUUCUCUUUAACAUGACAAGCUGCAUAUUUUUGGUCUUAAUUACUUCAAGAUAGUGAAAAAGUGCGGCUGCUGAGGGAAUGCACUGUCACAUUCUUUACAGUUUCCUCUUUCAUAGCUUUUAUUUCACCUCAGAGGUGCUGCCACUUUUUCCGAACUCCUGGCACUGUUUUUUACUUCUUGGUGCUUUGUCAUGUCAGCUGUCCAUGUAUUGUGUACGAGAACUAAACACACAAACACCCUCUGUUCAGCAGUCUCAGUUGUUCAUUAUAAUGGGUUUUAAUAAUGCUUCAUAUUAAGCAUUCAUUAACUAACAUUAUUUAAUGCAUUAGUUAACAUUAACAAACCAUGAACUUUAGCAUUAGUAAACCAUGUAAUGUUAAAUUAUCACAUGUAUUCAGUGACAUUUGUUUAAAUGUUAACUAUACACUCCUGCAUCGACUGAUGUUUAUUCAAUCCAUGACUAAAAAUAAAAUCCACAUAUAAAUUAGCAAAAUGUAAAUUAUAGCAUGUUCCUAAAUGUUCAUAUUUUCCUGGUGUAAAUAUUGGAGCUUGCUUUUCAGUCUUAGUUCUGAUUUUUGUCACUUAACAGCCGCAUACAUGUUAAUUAAGCUUAUUUGGCUUAAUUGGUGUAUUAUUAAAAAAAAAAAGCAUUAAUUAAUCCAAGUGAUAAUUACUGUGUUAAUGUUAUUUAUGAUUUAUUAAUGCUGAAGUUCAUAGUUUGUUCGUGCUAAUUACUGUGUUAAAUAAUGUUAGUUAAUGGAACCUUAAGGCAAAGCAUUACAGAGAUUUAUACAUGCAUGAAAGUCACACACUGUAGAGUAAGUUUCAUUCUGUGUAAAUGACCGUGUCAGUACAGGACACACUGCACUGGUUCCUGUCAGAGGUUACAUAAACAUUACAGAGUUUGUACCAGUCCACCAUAAGCCCUGUCUCUGAUUUAAACGGACCCUUUAAUUACAAUAUUUACCACUUGCUGUGUCAACCUGUUUUACAACCGACUUCAUCUACCAUGCUUUUAUUAUCAUUAAUCCACACUUUACAGUUACACACGUGCCAUAGAGAGUAAAUGCCGUUCUGCCUAUAGCCUGGCUCUGUAUAUCCGUCCUGUACAUUUCACUGUUCUUAACACUGUAUGUGUGUAUACAUAUAUAAGGAGAGAAAUAAGGUUAUUUCUUGACUCAUAAGUGUUUGUCAGUAUUUUAAAUGACUGUAUUAUAAAAAGAACAAUCAACCCUGCUUUAAUCAAUAAAUGAGUGUUUAUCUCAGGA